GCCCCUUCUGACAACCAACGGCCUCAGCGGCAUACACCGUGGCUCGUCUUUUCACUAUCGUUUUAACUUUGAGCCAAAAUGUUUAAACGGCACAGUUUUAACCCGAGGGUGAAAGCACGUGUUUUGUCCUUGAUGAAACAUUCCCGCGCAUUCCCAACCCUUCCCACAAGUUUUAAAAGAGUUUGGAACAUUUUCGAACCAAACAAUACCGUUCCAAUUCAAAUCAGAUUUCCUUUCUUUUUUCCUCAGUCCCUGGCAGGAAGUUUCAGAGAUCAAUCGCAGAUUUAUUUUGCGAUUCCACUUGAGGUAGAUUCAAAAUCAAGCUUUAAACUUCCGUAACUGAAAUGGAAAACGAAGCAGAUGAAAUUUUGACGAAGCGCAUGAAACUUGGUAUGGAAGAGAAGGAACUGGCGGUAAGAGAUGGAACAGCCUUGGAGAUUGUAGGAAAGGAAGAGACUGAGACAAACACUCUGGGAUCUGAAGAGAUGGAACUUAAUAUUGCUCACAUAGUUGAGAAGAUUGAACACUUCACUCAAAUGGUAUCUGAGCUUCUGGAAUCAGGAAAGACAAUGUUUAAGGAGAUGAGUCAUGAAUUUGAAGAGCGGUUGAUCAUGAUCCAUAAGGAAAAAAUGGAGAAAUGGCAGGAGGAGAUCAGAGAACUACGGAUGCUUGAUGCCUCAAAUGAGGAGGACAAUGCAAUCCUCCAUAAUGCUAGAUACUUACUUCAGAACCCUCAAAUUGAUUCUUGAAGAUUUUUUAUAGAUUGGGUAUCAAGGACAAAUUGAUGCGAUUUCUUGGAGUGAAAUAGGAUGAAAAAGCAUAUUAUGUUGUUCAUUAGCAUAAUAUAAAGGGAUUAGACAAUAUAUUUUGUCAGUUCUUUGUGAUGCUAAAGCAAGAAAUUAAACUGAAGUCUAGGCAUCUGAUAUCAGUUGUUAGCCUAGAAAUUGACAUAUUGGUUAUAUUUCUACUUCCAUUCUCUUUAAUUCUACUUCUAUUUGCACGUAUGAGCUAUAAUGAGAAA